AUGCCAUCUGUCGUCUAUCCUUACACCGUCACCAACAGCUACAAAGGGGGUCUCUUCAUGCGAACAUACAGCCGUAACGUCCGUCGCGCCUGGGAUGGCGAAGACUACCGACCGCCAAAACGACAACGCCUUGAAAAUGCUUGGAACGCGCCUGCUACCGCUGCUGCCUCUACCUACAAUGAGAAUACUUUCACCCUCCUAGACGUCGAAGACAACCUUGAGCGCGCCAUACGCGAGACUAGCGUUGCGGCAAUGUCAUCCUCUCCAUCACGCAAGAAUAGCACAAUCUUCUCAGCAGAGUCACAGGAGGAUGAAGUAGGCUCCAGCACCAUCACCCCACCAUCAUCCCCUCCACCAACACUACAACUCACGCCACAAAAUGUGAAGGCACGCAAGCCUACCUUUUCCUUUCUCGAUAAAUCCAAAAAGGAGCAAAAGAAUGCCAAAAGGAAACGCGAUGCGGCCUCGGCCGGCCUCGCCAACGCGGCUGCGACGCGUCAGGACUCAGAACCUCUUUCCGAAAUUUUCAACUCCAGUUCACGCUCACAAAGCUCCCAACCAGCUCCCGUGAACGCGUGGGUACCACCGGAACCAAAUCAAACACCAGCUCCCACUCAAUCAGCGCCUCCGCCACCAAGACUCCUGGUUCCUAAGCAAAACCUCACACAGACAGUCCUCGAUUUCGGGCAAAACCUUACCCCCGUCACAUGCCCGCAAUGUCAGAUGUCAUACACCCCCUCCGCGGCCGAGGACACCCAAUUGCACAACAUGUAUCAUAACAGAGAUAGCAGCGGCAUUGAACUUGGAAAGGCGUUCCUCAAGUCAGCAAUGCGUUGGUGCUACCAAGUUCCCAACAUUCCAGGGAGUGUCGUGGUUGUAGAUCGGAAGAUUGCUCUUCCCGGGAGACGCGCCGUUCAGAAAGCACUGGAGAUCAUCAACAAGGAGCUGGGAAGUGUGGAUAUCAAAGAGGAGGAGCUCUGGAGUCAACGGGUUCCUGAAGGCGAAAGUAAGAUCGAACCUCUUUUGAACAAAAAGUGCGACCGAUUCAAGGUCUUUCUGCACAUUGUCGAUGAUAAAUGUGUGGGCAUGUGUCUAGCAGAGCGUAUUACCAAGGCACAUCAAGUAAAGCCAAAGGAUGCUGCAUCAGGAGAAAUUAUCCCUCUGAAUGGACAUUUCAGCCAGGUUCGACCCGCCACGCCGGCAACGAAUGAUCCCAGCGAAGAGGAUACCGCAACAAUCCCACCAAGACCACAGAUUCCAACACCAGUCGCGAGUCCGACAUCUUCGUUCCAUUCCUCAAUCAGUAUCACGGAAGAGACGUACCCUGCAAUUGUGGGUGUGAGCAGAAUCUGGACUAGCCGAGCAUUCCGGCAUAAGGGGAUCGCAAAUAACCUUCUAGAAUGCGUUAUGAAUCAGUUUAUUUAUGGGAUGGCUAUUGAUCGAACCGAGCUUGCUUUUAGCCAACCCACGGAGAGUGGAGCGGGUCUGGCCAGAUCGUGGUUUGGGGAGAACUACAAUUGGGCGGUUUACAGAGAAUACUAA